AGGCAAUGGAGCUGGAAAGAAUAAUCCGAGAGGAGUUGACCGUCUUCAUCCAGUCCCAUGUCCCGGCUGCUGACCUGGGCGGGAUGGAUGAAGUGUUCUUCUCUUAUGUGACAAGCGUUCUGGAAGAUCUGGGGUCCCCCGAGUCAGUUGAGGAGAACUUUGACAUGGAGACCUUUGUCGAAAUGAUGGAAGCCUACGUCCCGGGCUUUGCAGAAAUCAACAGUGGGAAAGUUUGUGAAAUGAUGUUUUCCCUCUCAGAAAGGCUCUGUGAAGCUCGCAGCAAAGAGGUCACUGAUGCGCGUGUUUUGUAUCUUUAAGACACCACUGUGCAGAACCGGAGCUGGGUACCUUCUGAACCACAGACCGCCAUUAAGGAAGAGGGCGCAGGGAACGCUGAGGAGGACAAGCUGUCACAUUCACCAGUAGGGGGAGCCCUGGCACAGGACCCCGGGGGCGAACUGGUGGAUGCGGUGGACAUGAUGCUGGAGAUGUUCCCAGCGUGCACCAUGAGCCAGGCCAGGAAGGCGCUGGGCAUGGCCCUGGGGAACCUGGAAGAGGCAGCGCAGCUCCUGCUGGAGGAGAAGGUGCCGCUGGGCACGGUGGGCGCCACCACCCUCACACAGGAAGCUUCGAGACCUGAAAAGCCACCCAAGCAAGAUGAAUUCAAGCAGCUUAUCUUACAGAAGUACAUGAUGGUGGACAGCGAAGAAGAUCAGAAGACGCACAAGCCGGCCCCGCCAAAGGAGGCUCCCAAGAAGUUGAUUCGCUACAUUGAUAACCAGGUAGUAAGCACCAAAGGGGAGAGAUACAAGGACAUCAGGAAGCCGGAGAGCGAAGAGAUGAAGAGAACGUACAUCAACCUCAAGCCAGCCAGGAAGUAUAAAUUCCACUGACUGACCCCUUCCGGUGCUCCCCUCGCACCUUCUC